AUGGACUUGUUUGAACGGGCACAUGUUUUUAAAAUCAAAGACACAAAACCAAACAAGGAACAGAUAGCCACAAAAAGACAGUUAAAAUUGAUGCUGCAUGGUUAUAAAACAAGUGAUAACGAACUUAUUAAAGAAGCAGAGAAAUUAAAGGUAGAUUUAAAUGAAUCCUCUUCAGUAAGUGGGUUUUCUGAUUUAAACCUAACUGCGUCCAGCGAUGAGGAAAUUUAUAAGCCAAUUAGUGAUUCUGAAUUAGAUAGACUGAGUAUGUCAACAUCAAAUAUGAAUGCAAUAAUUGAAUCUAGUCUUGAUAAUAGUACCAGUAGCGAGAAUACAACUGCAGGUGACAGCUUAAAUGAAACAGUUACAUCAGCUAGCUUUGCCAGUACUGAUGAAACUAUUCCCACAUGUAGUAACUCACUUACUGGAUUUGAUGAAGACGACUCGUCUUUAACAAAUUUUACUCAAAAUUCACCGUUAUUAACAGAAGAAAGCAUAAUCAGUUCAAUUGAUUCAUUGAGCGAAUCCAAUUUAUGUGAAUUUGAUCCAAAUGGCGAGUUAGCCUUACAGAUACAUGAAAAAUUAAAAUCACACAAACAGCAAGAAGUAAAAAAACAAAUAAAGCAUGAAAAAAGAAAAGUUAAUGAUGUUGAACUAUUAUCAGUUGAGAAUAAAAAAAGCAAACUUGAAAAUAAAUCAAGAAGUAAGAAAAUUUAUGAUAUAGAAAAGAAUGUAGAUCCAAAAUACUUACUUAAAAAGGACUCCAAAGUUUCAGAUAAUAUAGUUUUGCAAGCUGCAGAGGUGGUCCAUUCACCUUUUGUAUCUAUAACAGCUAUAGACUUACAAGAAGAAAGUUUUGAUCAUAUACUAGGUGAUUAUAAACAUUCAACAAUUAGAAACCUUCCAUUGGACAAUCAGAGUACAUUGUUUUCAACAGACUCUGCCUUUCCAGUUGAAUAUUUUAGUGCUGAUAUAAAUAUUAGAAACAUAGAUGAAGUAAGCAGCUUGAUCCCAGAAGUAGAUAAUGAUCUUAGUGUUUUAGAUCUAGUUGAAACUGAUACAAAUAGUCUAACUAUGCUGGAAACUGAUUUGAAGGAGACAACAGAAUCUAUAGAGACUUGCAUGCCACUGGAUGAGUCAAUAAAUGAUGAGCAAAUUAAUGUCAAGUAUAAAGUAUAUUUUGGAAAGAAAAACUGUAUUAUUGUAUUAAGGCAUCCUGCUGAGCUCUAUAUUCAUGGUAAAGUAAUAGUUAAAGCUCUAGGAGGAUCAAUAGAAGUAUUUGGUCAUAAACUAACAGAUACUGAAUGUCCAAUUAUAGCACCAUUCUACUCAUAUGCCCAGUGUUUCAAAACUGUUCAAAAUAAUAAUGAUUACAAAUAUUUAUUCAGUAAACUACAGGAAACUGGAAUUACAUUUCAGGAAAUUGAGGAAAUAGUUGUCAAUGUUGGUAACUAUGAUGGCAUUUUAUUUCUGAAAACUAUGGAAUGUCCAAAAAUGAAUUUUGUGGCUCAGAACUUUCGUAACACAAAUUUGUUUAAAACUAAUAAUCAUAAAGGGAAACAGUUAGAUAAAGCAUCUACAGUCUUAGGUUGUACUUUAUAUUCGACAAGGCCACAAAAGUUCUUUCAAGAAAAUCCUCUUUGGGAAACAGUACUGCCUCAUAAUGAAUCUUCAACAAUAGCAAUUGCUUGUGGAGGAAAGGGCAGUGGUAAAUCCACUUUUAUGAGAUAUUAUGUAAACAGACUACUUCAGCAGGGCCCAGUGCUUGUUAUUGAUUUGGAUCCUGGGCAGAGUGAAUUCACUGUUGCUGGCAAUGUAUCUGCAACAAUUGUAGAUAAACCUAUAUUUGGGCCAAGUUUUACACAUCUUAAGAAACCGAACAUGUGCCUUAACAUUGGAAUAAUAAGUACUAUGGAUAAUAUACAGCGAUAUGUUAAUGCAGUUAAAAGUGUUAUCUCAUACAGUAGAGAUAACUUUAGUAUGAUUCCCUGGGUAAUUAAUACUAUGGGAAUGACUAAUGCUGUAGGCUUAAAGUUUAUGGCUCUUAUAAUAACACUUGCCCAACCAGACUUUGUUUUACAAUAUGACUCAAGAAAUGCAAAGAAGUGCUUUGACACUAGGCUUACUGCGGCAAAUGUUAAAGAUUUGUUACGAAAAUAUAAAUAUGAUAAAAUUUUUUCAAAUGUAAAAAAUGAUGUUUCUGAAUAUUCUCUAAUAAUGGCACCAGAAGCGGAGAUAUUAGGACCAAAUAAAUCUCCGCUUAUACCACGCGAUGAGAGAUAUUUAAGUUUUUUAGCUUAUUUUGGUGAUUUGGCUGCUGAUCUUGAUCAUGAAAAGUGCUUGUUUGGAAUUACGCCAUAUGAGGUAAGCUUAAAAGACUUGACUGUCGCUGUAAACGUGAGGUUGAAAAACGAUUGUAUUACAAAAGUGAUCAAUGGCAAAGUGGUAGCGUUAUGUCAACAAACGACAGAAUGCCACAACGCAAGGGUGUUUACAUUGGAUGAUAAACCGCUGCUGUGCCACGGACACGGUCUUAUACGGGGAAUAGACUGGCAAAAUGAGGUUAUAUAUGUUUUAACACCUUUGUCUGGUGAUGAGCUGAGGUUAGUGAAUACAUUGGUGUAUGCUGACUGGGUACCAGAGCUCAGAGGACAGGAAGUAUAUCUUUCUGAAGGAACAAAAGUACCAUACAGAACCUCAGCUCAACAUCAACAGACAAAGCUAAUGGCAGUUCCAAAAAGGCGAUUCAACCCAUUGCAGCUCCUAAAAAUGACAAGGGAUUCCUAA